AUGCGGCUGAAGUGGCCGUCGGUAGACUACUGCAAGAAUGUCGUUAUGGCUCACAAUCCUCGAAUAUCCGACCAUGAAUUUUCCCAGUUAGGAGUGCCCUCUACACAAGCAUACUUCCUGCAACAUUUUGCCAAAAACAUCUCGCGUAUUGCCUUGGCCAUGGACUACGAUGGCAACGGAUACCGGAGACUUCUCAAAGCUGCCAUAAAUGAUGAGCUUUUGCUCCAAAGUAUCCUUGCCGUCACUAUAUCGCAUCACUCGAGAUGGCAACAACAAUCAUCUUUAGAUGAAAGUCGCGUCCAUCAUCACCAAGCACUUAUCCAGCUGCGAAAUAGGUUGCAGGAUCCGGUCAUGGCCUGCAGCGAAAAUACACUGGCAGCAAUGAUGUUUCUAAUAUCUUAUGAGGUUUUCAACGGAUCAAAUAGGUGGAGGCGUCAUCAUGCGGGCGUCAUGGCUUGGAUACAAACAUUCGGGCAUACAACAGUUGUUGAUUCUUUCCUAAAGACAUGGUUCAGUAUGAUCAAUACACAAUCGGCACUCAAUGCUGGUGUGGCAAUUUUGCCACAAGUGGAGGCAUGGUUGAGCAGACCAUCAUCUAUCACACAACGAACGCCAGCCAUUGACUCAUUCUUUGGAUGUUCUACUGAUCUUCCAAAUCUCAUGUUGAAAGCCGCUCGCUUAUACAGCACCAUGCGCAGCACCGAGCGAACCGAUGCGCCAUUACCAGAACGCCUUUGGCUUCAAUUGGAGCAGCUACAAGCCGAACUUGCAGCAAUAAAGAUUGAUUUAAAUGACACUCCUCCAUUUUCCUUGGCAUGUGACAACACCGAUCCAAGGCUAUCACCAAUUCAAUAUCUCACGAAUCAGGAAAUAGCCACACGAGCAACGGCAGUAGCUGAAAUAUUUCGACAUGCCACAUUAGUCUACACCAUUCGAACUAUGCACGCCCCAGCAGCUAUUCAGCACCCUGAGAUUCUAAAGUCAGUUGAGAUCGUCGUUCAACUCUUGCCACAAGUGCCCGACGUGGUUGGUCCAGGUUCAAAUUUGGGCUGGGCAUUCGUGGUAAUUGGCGCCGAGCUCGACGCGAUCGAGCAGCGAGAGUAUUUCAGGGGUCGUUUGCAUAGUCUGCGCUCUUUGGCAAUACAGAAUGUCGCAUCUGGUGAACUUAUUCUAGAAGAAGUCUGGCGGAAUAGAGAUGCGGCGCGGCUUGAGGAAGCCAAGUAUCGACGAUGGCAAGAGGUUAUGCAAGACUUGGAGGUGGAACAAAUUCUGAUCUAG